GCCUGCGGGAGUGGGGUUUCCUCGGCCGCCCGGGAUCCCCAGGCGCGGCGCGGCGCGGCUCGGGGCUGCCUAACGGGGGGGAGAAGUCGCAUGCGCGCCGGGACGCGCCGGGGAAAGGCGGCCGCGAGGGGAGGGGCGAGCGCCGAGCCCGGCCGGCCGCGGAGCCCCGUGCCCACGACGCAUGCGCCGGGAGCGAGCGCAAUCUCGGACUCGGCCGGCGGCUACCGGCCGGAGAGAGGAAACCCCGGCCGGCGAGAGCGCGAAGGAAACCUGGCCGCCGCCGCCGCCGCGCGCGCUCCCGUGAAAGAAAGAAAAGCACAAGAAGAAACUUUUACAGGCGAUGUUGAUUUGACAAGGACACUGAUCCCCGAAAUCACAGGAAAGGCAUGAGACCUACCCUUAGAGAGCCGUGUCGACCCCCAGACUCCAUCGGAGAGGACUGGUUGUCACUUAGUUCUCAUGGUCAGUUCUACGGAGGAAGGCCCGUGGGUUUUGGAGAUUCCAUUCUACAGAUCUAAAAAGUGAAAAAGGAGAAGUACAAAUGUCUACCACAAGAAGAAAACAUAAUGUGUUAUGCUGUUUACCGUAAGCUGUAGUAAAAUGAGCUCAAUUGUUGACAGAGAUGACAGUAGUAUUUUUGAUGGAUUGGUGGAAGAAGAUGACAAGGACAAAGCAAAAAGAGUGUCUAGAAACAAGUCAGAAAAAAAGCGCAGAGAUCAGUUCAAUGUUCUCAUUAAGGAGCUGGGCUCUAUGCUCCCUGGAAACUCGAGGAAGAUGGACAAGUCCACUGUUCUGCAGAAGAGCAUUGACUUUUUACGCAAACAUAAAGAAAUCACUGCACAAUCAGAUGCUAGUGAAAUUCGACAGGACUGGAAACCUACAUUCCUUAGUAAUGAAGAGUUUACACAAUUAAUGUUAGAGGCUCUUGAUGGUUUUUUUUUAGCGAUCAUGACAGAUGGAAGUAUUAUAUAUGUAUCUGAGAGUGUAACUUCAUUACUUGAACAUUUACCAUCUGAUCUUGUGGAUCAAAGUAUAUUUAAUUUUAUCCCAGAGGGAGAACAUUCAGAGGUUUAUAAGAUACUCUCUACUCAUCUGCUGGAAAGUGAUUCGCUAACCCCUGAGUACUUAAAAUCCAAAAAUCAGUUAGAAUUCUGUUGUCACAUGCUUCGAGGAACAAUAGACCCAAAGGAGCCAUCCACUUAUGAAUAUGUGAGAUUUAUAGGAAAUUUUAAAUCUUUAAACAGUGUAUCAACUUCAGCACACAAUGGUUUUGAAGGAACUAUACAACGCACACAUAGGCCUUCUUAUGAAGAUAGAGUUUGUUUUGUAGCUACUGUCAGGCUAGCUACACCUCAGUUCAUCAAGGAAAUGUGUACUGUUGAAGAACCCAAUGAAGAGUUUACAUCUAGACACAGUUUAGAAUGGAAGUUUCUGUUUCUAGAUCACAGGGCACCACCAAUAAUAGGCUAUUUGCCAUUUGAAGUUUUGGGAACAUCAGGCUAUGAUUACUAUCAUGUGGAUGACCUAGAAAAUCUGGCAAAAUGUCAUGAGCAUUUAAUGCAGUAUGGAAAAGGCAAAUCAUGUUAUUAUAGGUUCCUGACCAAAGGACAGCAGUGGAUUUGGCUUCAGACUCAUUAUUAUAUCACUUAUCAUCAGUGGAAUUCAAGGCCAGAGUUCAUUGUUUGUACUCACACUGUAGUAAGUUAUGCAGAAGUUAGGGCUGAAAGACGGCGAGAACUCGGCAUUGAAGAGUCUCUUCCUGAGACGGCUGCUGACAAAAGCCAAGAUUCUGGGUCUGACAAUCGCAUAAAUACAGUCAGUCUCAAGGAAGCGCUGGAAAGGUUUGAUCACAGCCCAACUCCUUCUGCCUCCUCUAGAAGCUCAAGAAAGUCAUCUCACACAGCAGUCUCGGACCCUUCCUCAACUCCAACAAAGAUCCCUACUGAUACUAGCACUCCUCCCAGACCGCAUCUGCCAGCUCAUGAAAAGAUGACGCAGCGGAGGCCAUCCUUCGGCAGCCAGUCCAUAAACUCCCAGUCUGUUGGUCCAUCAUUAACACAGCCAGUGAUGUCUCAAGCUGCAAGUUUACCAAUUCCACAAGGCAUGUCACAGUUUCAGUUUUCAGCUCAGUUAGGAGCCAUGCAGCAUCUGAAAGACCAGCUGGAGCAGCGGACACGGAUGAUCGAGGCGAAUAUCCAUCGGCAACAAGAAGAACUAAGGAAAAUUCAAGAGCAGCUUCAAAUGGUCCACGGCCAAGGGCUGCAGAUGUUUUUGCAACAAUCAAACCCUGGAUUGAAUUUUGGUUCUGUUCAACUUUCCUCUGGAACUGCUAAUAUCCAGCAACUCACACCUAUAAAUAUGCAAAGCCAAGUUGUCCCUGCUAACCAGAUCCAAAGUGGAAUGAACACUGGACAUAUCAGCACAGGCCAACACAUGAUACAACAACAGACUUUACAAAGUACAUCAACUCAGAGUCAACAGAGUGUAAUGAGUGGACACAGUCAGCAAACAUCUGUUCCCAAUCAGACGCCAAGCACUCUUACAGCCCCGCUGUACAAUACAAUGGUGAUCUCUCAGCCUGCAGCUGGGAGCAUGGUCCAGAUUCCAUCCAGUAUGCCACAGAACAGUACCCAGAGUGCUACGGUAACUACAUUCACUCAGGACAGACAGAUAAGAUUUUCUCAAGGUCAGCAACUUGUGACCAAAUUAGUGACUGCUCCUGUAGCUUGUGGGGCCGUCAUGGUACCAAGUACCAUGCUUAUGGGUCAGGUGGUGACUGCCUAUCCUACCUUUGCCACACAACAGCAGCAGGCACAGACGUUAUCGGUAACUCAACAGCAGCAGCAGCAGCAGCAGCAGCAACAGCAGCAGCAGCAGCAACAGCAGCAGCAGCAGCAACAGCAGCAGCAGCAGCAGCAGAGCUCACAGGAACAGCAGCUUUCUUCAGUUCAGCAACCGUCUCAGGCUCAGCUGACCCAACCACCACAGCAGUUCUUACAGACAUCUAGGCUGCUCCAUGGAAACCCUUCGACACAGCUCAUCCUCUCUGCGGCCUUUCCACUGCAACAGAGCACCUUUCCUCCGUCGCAUCACCAGCAACACCAGCCUCAGCAGCAACAGCAGCUUAGUCGGCACAGGACUGAUAGCCUGACUGACCCUUCCAAGGUCCAGCCACAGUAGCACACAUACUUCCUCUCUAACACUAGAGAGGAAGGGAAUGGCCACAAAGAGUCAUUUGGAUGACAGAAGUUCAGCAGUUUCAUGAGGGUAGUCUUGAGUGUUCCAGUUCCUGGAUUAGUUGGUUGGGAAACACUGCCCAGUGCUACAGAUGUGCAUUAAAUACCAGCCAGUGGGAGAUAUAGGGACACAGCCAAUUCUAAUAGUUUUUUUGCCCAGAUAUUUUUUGAUGGAGAAAGAGUAUAUUGCCAAAUGCUAACAAGCUCAACUAUCAACCAUGACCUUUACAGAAUCAGAAAAGCACUAACAAUGUUGGUGGCUUCUGUGGUUCUGUGCCUGGUAUCAGAUGUUACAGAGGACGCACCACUGCCAGGGGUUUGCUUAGAACGCCAUGAAGACAGUCCAGUAGUUAGGAGCCCCAUCCCAAACCCCUCUUCCUGUUCAGAUAAUGACGGAACGGUGAUUACUUUCAGAAUGUUGUGCAGGUUUGAGUUUUCUGUGUACAGAUGCUAUGUUGGUGUGUGUGUGUGUGUGUGUGUGUGUGUGUGUGUGUGUGUGUGUGUGUCUGGAUGGAGGAGAGAAAGCAAACUUUGUGUAUGCAGCAUGAAAUCAUUGUCUGUCCCUCACAGAAAUGAGUACAUUUCGUUAGGUUUUGACACCACGUACAAACUGAUAGCAGCCUCGUUUUCAUUUUGUUUACAACACAUAGUGUUCUAGUCACUUUUUCCAGGGCACAAGUCUUUUUGUUCGUCCUUUGGCUGUGAUGUCACAGUUUGUUAGUGAGGUUUAAUGUGCUGCUGGGAAUGGAUUUUUUUUUUUUCAGGUUAAAUUAUUGCUAUAUUUCCAUUUAUUCAGAAAUAUCCCUUAUUUCAUUAUUUUUCAAUUAUGUUUGAAAAUAGAAUUGCACUGCUUUAUUUUAGAUGGUUGCUUAAGAGUUUGAUCACAUAUUUUGAUAUAUUUCAUAGUCGGAAUAUUUAUGUAAAUGGUUUUCAACAAGCCUGAAAGUGAUUUCAAGAAUGUUUCAGUUAUACGAGUAAAAUUUGCACACAAACAUUUUAGGCACUUUUUAACAUUCUCAGUGGUGGGAAUUUUAACUUUUAGGGUUUGUUGGAAUCUUUUUAUUAUCCUUAAAAAUUUCAAUGCUUCUUUUAGUCAGAAAUGAUUCAGGGUUAUUUGAGGGGGGGAAAAACCCAUAGUGCCUUGAUUUUAAUUCAGGUGAUAACUCACCAUCUUGAAUUCAUUGUCUGGUUUCAGUAGCAGUUUUGAAACCUUAGUACAUUUUUAGCAGCAUGUGGGUCUCAGUGUCAUUCAGGUUCCCAUGAGCACUGCUACAUCUCUUGGACCACCUGAAUAGUAUCACAGUUGUUUAUGGAAUCCCAAAACUGUUUCCAAAUCAUUUAUUUUCUUUUAAAGCUAAGUAGUCCUUUAAGAAUUACCAGUAAAUACUUGCUCAGAGAAAGGGUACAAACUGUCUUAACCUUCAUCAUAACACUAGAAUAUUAUAGCUCACAUGCUUUCUAAACAUGAAUUAAGAUUUCAUUUGGCAAUAUCAUACUCUAUAGGUAAUAAAUAAAAAUCACAUUUUAAAAGCAUUUUUAAAAAAUGUAUGGUAUUAAUAAUGAAAUUUGCAAUUAUAGAACAAAAGAUAAGUAGAAUAUAGAAUAUAAAACAUUACUGAGACAAGGGAGGACAAGUGUGACAAAUUAGAAUUGACCUUAAAAGAAUGUGUGCAACAGGAGUGAAGUUGCUAAACAAAGGUUUUCAGCAGUGAAAAGAACCUAAUGCAGAAUUGUUAGAUAAGGGCUCAGGGGACUCGAGAACUCGGUCAGUUCUCUGUCUUCAGCUUUGCUCUCAUCCUUCAGUGUGUCUUUGUUUUCCUGUUUACCUGACUGCAGUUAAGUUAGAAGGUUAGUGGUGUAAAAGAAAACAACCAAAGAAAAUUGGUACCUACCCUUCUGCAAAAGAAGUGUGGCUAGAUACCAGUCAGUAACUAACAUAUCACAGAGUCCUUCUAGCUGACACAUGUGAAUACCAGGGAUAGUUGUGAGACUACAUGUGUAGGCAGACGUAUACACACAUUAUAAAAUUGAUGUAAACUAGAGCGCCCACAUUGCUUUUCUCACUUUCCAAAUUGCCUUCUUAAUCUUAUGCCAUUCCAUGUCAUCUGAGUUGUGCCUCGUUUAUUUUUUGGCAAUAUCUAGUGAUAAGGAUUUAGCUAACAGGAGCUAUACUAUACCAUGUAAUUCCUGUUCUUCACAGUUCAUCUUCCUGCUUGAAAGUAGCAAUUGAUAAAGAGCUCCUAGCUGCUGACUUUGCUGUCCACAUGGAGUGUCAUGCUGGGCAACCCUUGUCGGCAACAGCUGCCUCUUAGUUCUUGGUUCUUUGGAUGGCAAACUGUCCCUGUCUGCUCCCCACAAGACUUCAGCAUUCUGAUCAAGGUUCAUCUGUUGCCUGGUCUUUAUUUCUGUAGCCAAAGGUGUUGACUGAAACCCCAAAUCUAAAUCAUGAAAAGAUACCAAAUAGAAACACUUCUCAGCUUCUUAGAAUCCUUAACACCCCCCUGCUGUAUUUCAUGGGGAUUCAUUUUUCAUUAAAAAAAUGUUUAUUCUGGGCAGUGCUUUUUAGUUAAGAAUUGUUAGGGAAGGUCAGAUAGACUCUAGUGGCCCUGCAGGUACCUUGCUCUGGACUGCUUCUGACGGAGUGACUUGGUGUUGCUGAACACGUAGGAUGAGGACAGUACGCACAAAGCUGCUCUAGGAGGCUGCCAUCAAGUCUGAGCUGACACACUGCAAAGUUACUCCUCUUCCUUAGAGUACAAAUGACGGGAGGAAAGCAGAUGUGGUAGGUAGGGUUUCUUGCAAAUGAGCACUUCAGGCCCUUCCCCAAGCUCUGUCCUAAAGUUAGGGUAGCUUUGGAGUGCUGUGCUCCAUUGUCGUAUAGACAUGGCUUUGGAAUGUACUGCUAAUACAAGAAUGCCAGUGCUUUUGAAUAGUCGGUGAGAGAAAACUGCAAACUAGUGAGUGUUUGAAUUCUGGGUGCUGUAGCUGGUCGUUGCCUUAAAGCAGUCUCUUGAAGUUAGUGUGGAACCCUGAAGCAGUCCAGUCAUAUUAAGGGCAUCAUGUUGGGGGAAAUGAGCCUUGUUCAAGCCUUAGAAAGGACCCUUAAAUAGCCUAACAGGUAGAUUCUUUUUACUUGGAUAUUACUGUGUUUAAAAUCUUUCCACUACAUUGAGGCAAUUUUUUAAAAAGUGGAAUGCAGAUAGCAUUUUUAGUAUUUCUUUUCUGUUUCUUUGGUGACUAAAGGUUUGUUGAUAAAUAUUUGUGUAAAACUCAUUCACCUUUCCAGUACCUGUGGUACUGUUCUUAUACCACAGAGUCCACAUUGAAAGGUAUAAACACUGGAUAUUAACAUUGCCGAGGGCAUAUAGCCAGGAGUAAGCUGACUGGAACUCUUCAGUGGUGAAGAAACAGCACAAAGCACUUGCCAUUUUCAUAGUAAUUGGAAAAGAGACCUUUUAAGUGUGUCUGGAUUGAGUGAGUACUCUUCUAAGAGGAGCUUCUGAAGAAAUUGCAAAGGAAAAGAGUUGACUAUUUUUAUAGCAUAUUUAAUAUAUUUGUAUAUAACUAUGAGUGUAGUAGGAACCCUCCACAUGCCUCCCACUUUUCUAAUUCCCUCCCCUUACGCCAUAGCCCUAGUACAGCCUCAUCCGCAUGGGUAAUGUGCCUAUUGUCAGCCUACCUACCAAAAGAUAGUGCUGCUGCUUUCUGAGACAGGUGAGAUCAGACUCAUGCCUGGGGAUCCUUUAUGGGAGGAAUAGCACACACUUAGAACAACAUACCACAGUCUAAACGCAUCAUUUUGAAAGGUAAUAAGCACUUUAUUGCAAUUAUUCAUUUAGAUAAAGUUUGUAUCUUAGGCAUUAACCAUUUUUAAAGGAUCCCCUAAUCAUCACUUAGGUGAAAUUAUAAAUGACACAUUUCUGAGAAAUGUUUAGAUCCAGUGAACCGUAGCAGGUUUAUGGGAGUGAUUUCAAGGUAGCCAAAUAAACUAUGACUUUUGUUUUUGAAUGUGGUGGAGUCAGGAGAUUGUAGAUGCGUAGCUUGAUUUAAACACUAUUGUAAACCUAUCUUGCCUAUUGUGUGGACACCAAAAGAGACCAAUGAGCCUGUUUAUUUUCAGAGGUCUAGGAAUAUGCAUCUGUCUGAGUAGAUAUACAGAACUAAUCUGUAAAUGGUUGGUAGUACUAUUUUAGGAUACAAUAGUUUCAAGAAUUAUUGAGUGUUUUAAAUGUGCCCUGAAAUGUUGGCAUGUCAUUUCAGCGUUCCUAUUUGAGUUGCUCUUGUAAUAUUUUUGCACAAAAAGGACUGAGAAAGACUGCUUUGGUUGAAGAAAACUAUAAUUUGGUCUUAUUUUAAUGUCUCCUGUGGAAACACUGGAGGUAAAUUGUUGGUAUCAUUACUAAUUCAGGAUAUUUAAAACAGUGUUGAACAGCUCACCAGAAAUUAAGCAAACUUAUAUAUUUAAAAAUUAAAAUUUUUUUCCACGUGACUGUUUUGCAUAUUUUUUCUGUUGUCAUACACGACAUUCCUUGUUUUUCUGAAAUAUACUUUGAAAGAUUUGAGUCUUUAACAAUGUGUUCUAAGCUACCUGGGUUUCCCCAGGAAAAUGCCCUAGUGAAGUAGUUUGUAUUUAUAUAUAGUUUGUGGAGACUGUUGAGAUCCCACCGACACCACCAGCAAAACACUGAGGUGCUGAACUCAGCGACAAUCACAAUAGUAAGUAUUUAUAGAAGGAUUUAGAAGUGGCUGGAACACUUGUUCCAAAAGCACUUCUCUGGGUUGCGUGAAUAAAAUGGCUGUAUAUUUAUAUUUGUAUCUCUGUGUUAUCUAGUAAGUGGACUGGUCUCCUGUAUUUAAGUUAUUGCAUCAGUAUCUUGUCCUUGGAGGACUAGCUCUUGUUUGGGGAAGUCACUACCCUGCCCUCCAAUGCUCCCCACUGACAGGUAAUUGGGAUUCAUUCAUUGUACAUCAGGAUGGUAGUGGAGGGUCAAACUGGGCAUCCUGCACCUCCGGCCUCUCUUGAACUCAUUUAAGGAGGAAAAAAAAGUUUUAAGCUAACUCCUUUCAGCUCUGCUUCACGUUACACCAACCUUUUCUUGUGUCACUUGUUGCAUUCUCUGUGUCAUAGGCACUUGUUAAAACUAUGUCCCCAACAUAGUCAAAGGCCAGUAUGAGAGAACAGACGUAGCUUGAUUUUGCCCAUUUGGGGAAAUGAUAGCAAAAUAUUGUCCUUUAAUGGUUGUCAUCAUUAUAUCCAUAUAUUGAAGUCCUUACAUAUAGCUGGACAAUGUGUGUACACUGAAAACUCUUUGAAAAGUUGGCUAUCUCUAGAUCCUGUAUAGCCAGCACUGUCCAGUAAAUCAGUGCUUCAACAUGGGAAGCCUAGCUGUGCGAGGGGCCCUUCCUGCUCACAUGAACUGGAAUAUGAUUCUCCAUUAGCACUCACUGUGGCUCUGGAUUCCUACAGGCAGAGUCUAGCAUACACAAGGAUUCCUUGGAACAGUGAUUAGAACACUGUCAGAAACAAGUUGGGUUUAAUUACUCAAAAGGUAACUCUGAGGGGGUAAAUUGAAAAUAUACCAUUUUUAGAUGUAUGCCUUUAAGUCUAAGAAAACAAACUGUGACAUCGCUUUAAGAAACGACAAUCAAAUGUUUAUGUUUGAGUUGGCCUGUGCUGGUUUACAUUUACUGUUGGCAGUGGUUUUAAGAGUACUGCAAAGCUAAAAUCCAGAAGAAGCUGUUAAGUUGAUGUAUACCUAGAGAGUCCUCUUCAGGCAAAGACCCUGCUACAAAAAGCCCCUUACUAAGCAGUGGAUGCGUCAGCCAGCACAAUUAUUUAAAGCAUCCUGAAGUUAUUUUGAAGUCUGUUUUCCUGUGGUUUAAGUUGGGAGAAACCUAGUGUAGCGCUUCCACAUCCACCCUGUGUAAAGACUGAAGCCCAAAGACAAAUUAGUGUUGUAAUAAACCAGUUAGUGCAAAAAACCCCACAUAUAUAUAAACAUAUAUAUGUUCUACCUUUAUAAACUGUUAAUCAGUUCAUAGCUGUACAAACAUGCACCAGAUUCUGUGUUCUGUGUGGUCUUGCUGUGCUCUUCCUGACAUUGCUGUUCUUACUGCUUGGUUCUGAGUUUAAGUUAAAACAAGAAUAAACGUAGCUCAUCCCUUCCAGCUCCAAAAGGGAGAUGCAUAUGGCUACUGGUCAUCAGAUAAGGAUUACCUUUCUCCCCUACAGCAAGUGUUUAAUUCAAAUAAAUGUAAUCCAUAGAGCUGAGACUGGUGUUCUUUCAGGCGUUACUCCUUGGCCCAAACUGGAGACACAAUGGAUAAUGAAUGGUUUCAAUGGUGCUAUAUUAGGUUCCCUGGUCUUCAUAGCUACAUUUGGAAAUACCGUCCUGAAUAAAAUACGGACUUUUCUGCUGCCAGUGAAAUAUUGCCAUUUUAAUUGGGUCUGAUACAAUUGGUUCUGCUUGUUUAUUAAAGUUAUCCUUUUGGCAUGCCGUCACUCAGGCCUCUUGCUGUAGGAGGUGCACAGCUUUGACUUAAAAUCUUCAUGUACUAUCUUAAUGCGCAAAUUUUCCUUAGACUUUGUAAUGUAUUCAGAACCUAAAACUACAGCAAAAGAGCCAAGCAGUAGCAAUGUUUUAUUUUUUGUAAGUGUAAAAAUAAUUAGAUCCAGACUUUGUUUCCUUCAGUUUUAAAAAUAAAGAAUACCUCAGUGCUGCUUCUCAGUAUCACCUGCUUUAUGUGGCACAUAUGUUGUAAGAGUCACAUCUGGAUUAAUAGAAAGACUAUUAAAUGUUUUUAAAUCUGUCA